AUGGACCUAGGUGGUGAAAAUUCUUCUCCUAUCUUGGAAGAAAUAGAGGAAGAAGAGUCACUGGAAGCCUAUUCACCUCCCAUCAUCACUCCUCUUGCACAACAAGGAGGCCUUAGUUUGAUUCAACUUGUGCAACAACUAGAAGAGAGAGGAGGAGGAGAUCAUCUUCAAGAGACACUUAUGAGGAUUAUAGAGGAAGGAGGAGGCACCAUUCCCCUCUAA